CCCCCUCUCAUCCAUCUGCAGAGACGCACAGGGUGACAUGAAGUUGGUCUGUCGCUGUCCGGAGCGCAGGACCAGGGGUUCCCUCGGCUCCCCAGAUCCCGCAGAAUCCCAUCUGCGUCACCCUAGGAGCCGGGGUCAGGCUGCCCGAGGGGCUGUCCACCGGCAAGAGGAUGCGAGCAGGACUGGCGCCUCCCUGCCCGCGAGCGGACAGCGCCCUGGGGCUCCGCUCCCGCCGGGGCCAGCCUCUGCCCUCCCCCGAGCCCGCCGGGGCUGGAGUGGAAGCCGGAUCCCGCUCUUUCGUUUUCGUUUCCCGGAAGGAUAGCAAUUACCGGAGAGCCCUCGGCGCCUGCUCGCCCUGGCAACCCAAGCGCACGCCAGCCGGCGCUUCUUGAAAGAGAUUCCUCCCACGCCACCUUCCAGUUUUCGGGGCCAAGUGAGGGUUUGGGGAAGGAACGCCUGAGAGCGCCGGCCUAGGGCCCAGCAGCCGCAGCCAGUGGAGCUCUCGCGACGAACAGCCGGGUGGCUCCCUCACCUCCACCUGUAAUGCAGGAGGGAGCACUGGCCAGUUCUCCUGUGAGCCCUGAGGCAGCCACACCUUCCCCAGGCACCCAGACCCAAGCCCGAGGUGCCUCUCGAGUGAACCUGCUGGGCGAGGGGGCAAUCUGCAAGCUGCCAGGAAGACUCCGCAUCCAGCCGGCGCUUUGGAGCAGGGAGGACGUGCUGCACUGGCUGCGCUGGGCCGAGGGCGAGUACGCGCUGCAGCCCACCCGGGAGCACGGGUUCGACAUGAACGGCCGCGCCCUCUGCAUCCUCACCAAGGAUGACUUCCGGCUUCGCGCACCAGGCUCAGGUGACGUCCUGUAUGAGCUGCUCCAGUACAUCAAGACCCAGCGGCGGGCUCUGGUGUGUGGGCCCUUUUUUGGAGGAGACUUCAGGCAGAAGAUACCCCCCCAGCACUGCCCUUGCCUCCAGGAAGAGGGGACCGGGCCCUUUCAGGUGGCCCCCCAAAGGGGCCUCCUGCAGCUGCCACCCAACCUGGGGCUUGCCAGCUCCUUGAGCCACUCAGAUGCCCCCGGCCUGGCCAGGUGGCCCCUCGGCAGGGAGGAGUCCCUCACCUUGCCUCACUGUGCGGAGCUCGGCUGCAGGGCUGAGGGGGUCUGCCCCCGCCCCCCGAUGCCGCGGGCCCCCAUCGACGGCAGGAUCGCCGACUGCCGGCUGCUGUGGGACUACGUGUACCAGCUGCUCUCUGACACCAGGUACGAGCCCUACAUCAGGUGGGAAGACAAGAAUGCCAAGAUCUUCCGAGUUGUGGAUCCAAAUGGGCUCGCCAGACUCUGGGGAAACCACAAGAACCGGGUGAACAUGACCUACGAGAAGAUGUCGCGUGCCCUGCGCCACUACUAUAAGCUGAACAUCAUCAAGAAGGAGCCCGGGCAGAAACUCCUGUUCAGAUUUCUGAAGACACCCGGGAAGAUCACCCGGGACAAGGGCAGCCGCCUGGAGCAGCUGGAGAGCCAGGAACAGGACAGGCCGGAUUUUAAGGAGGAGAUUCGGGCAGUCUCUCCAUGAGGGGCACGUGGACUCCGGGCACCCGGCACCGAUGGGCAGAGCCUGAGUCUCCCAUGGAGGCAGCUGGCUGCAGGGUGGCCCCUCCCUCCUCCCAGGGCAAGUGGGCACUCCCAGCUGAGUUUUGCACUCACGGGAUCACAGCUGUUGGCUCGGACCUCGAGGCUGCCUGGGGACCCGGGAGGGCCGAGAACUGGGAGGCCCCACAUCCGGGACGUUGGUGGGGGGCAUCAUUCUUCGGAUAGGGCAGCCCUGGGGCUAAGCGGGGCACAGGAAAUGAACUGUCUCCCUGCCUUGCCCCUUGGUACCUGCCCAGCUUGGGAGAGGAAGACAGAUGCUGAGAGAGCAUCCCACCCAACUCCUUCGGUUUACAGAAGGGAGCACUGAGCCUCAGCUUUCCUCAUCUGUGAACGGGGCCUGCUCCUGAAAACCCGCCCUCAGGGGGCUGAUGCGUGAGAUGGAAAAAAGAAUUACUGCUUUUCAGCCUCAGUAAUAAAAGCAAUAAUGACUCCUGACACUGAAGGGCUUGCUAGGUGCCAGGCCUUGUGCGAAGGGUCCUACCUAGACUGUCUCUCAUUCAGUUCACACACCAGCGCCCGAGGUUUGAAGACAGGGACGCGGGGCAGGGGCUUGCAGAGCCGGACACCUGUCCAGAGCCCAGUGCUGUCGCCUGUUUUCUUUCGGGGCCUCUGAAUGUAUUGGGCGCUUCUCAACAGAAGCCAGCGCCCCACCCCUCUGUCUUCAGCAUCUUUGCUGAAGAGUUCAUUUCCCUUGGCCCAACCCACUUGUCCUCAGUGUUCGGUCCUUUGGUGACUCUGUGACUGGGACCCAGUGAAGCUUGCCCCCUGUGCUUCUAUACCCGUGUCUGCCAUGUGACCUGGGCAGUCGUUCCACCUCUGGAGCCUCAGGUUUCUCAUCUGUAAGAUGAGGACGCUACUCCUGACCUGACCUCACAGGAUUGCCAGGAAAUUUCUCUGAGAGGAUCUUUGUGAAGUGCUCUGUGAGGAGCACUGAAUCCGGGUUAGCUAAGACGACGCUGCAAAGCCAAAGCUGCUCUAAGGCAUGACAGUGCCUCUGUCCUA